UCGAACAUUUGGCUGGAACUUCUCCAGGUUCUGAACAUUACAUUAGUAUAUAUAUGGCUUCGUUGGUUUUGUUUCUUUCCACUGUUGCUGUCAGUUGGUAGUGAUUUGAUAAUUUAGAUCAAAGGCAAAGUGAUCGAUAAACGUUUGCCUUUCAUUGAAUGAAAUUCAUUCAAGAGUAGAGACUAGAGGCAUUUUCCGUAUUUUCAGAUGCAAAAAACAUGGAUGUAUGGAAGCGGACAGAAUUACUGAGUCUCUAUAAGAGGGUGGAAGAUGCUUUAAAAACUUGUGACGAGAAAAUGCUGCAGAGUUUAAAUACCAAGUUUUGCGUUAAAAACAUCGUUGGUGAAAUUCAGCUAAGGAUGAAUAAGCUUCAAGUUAAAGAAUAUGUUGUUCUUAUUGCAGGUGAGACUAGCGCCGGAAAAAGUAGUUUCAUCAACCUAAUCCUUGGAGAAGAAAUUCUUCCAUCUUGUAACCUGCCUGCGACAGCAACUAUUUGUGAAUUAAGAUAUGGAGAGGUAAGAAAGCUUGUAGCAUAUUACAAAGAUGAGCAGAAACCAGAGAAGCGUACCUUACAAUCCGAGACGACAACCAAAGAAGAGCUUAUCUUACGAGACCCAGCAGAAGGACAGAGCUAUCUUGAUCAACUGGCAGAAUAUUUGAAUCAAAGGGGUGACCUUGAAAAAGGAUCACCCUUCAAAAAAUGUGAACUAUUUUGGCCUCACGAUUUGCUUAAGAAUAACAUAGUCAUUGUUGACAGUCCAGGAAUUGGCGAAUCAAAUGUUUUAGAUGAUGUUGUGAAUGAUUAUCUUCUGACCGCGUUUUGUUUUGUUUAUGUCAUUAACAGCAGUAAUGCAGGGGGAGUUCAAAGUGAUCGGAUACUCAAGCUUUUGGAGAGAGUUAAAAGCCAAUCCCCCGAAUGCUUUCUUUGUGAACGUGCCGUGUUCGUCUGUAAUAAAUGGGACCUAAUCAAAAGUAAUGAAGAAACCGAUGUCAAAAAAUAUACAAUCGAUCGUCUCAGAAAAACAUGGCCAAAUUUGAAUCCAAAGACCCAGGUGGUUCAAAUGUCAACCACCAAUGCGGUUGAAGCUCAAGGUUUCGGGAUUAAAUCUGAACCGUUUGUUACAGUUAUGGACGCAAUCAAAACAAUGAUGCUCAAAACUAUUGCUGCAAGACUUCAAGCUGAGUGGAGGUGGUUAAAUGAUGUCCUUUCCAGGGUGAUAUUUCAAACAAAAUUGGUAAUAAAUCGAGCCCAAAGAGAUAAUUUGGCAAAUGAUCUUACGAAAGCUAUUUUUAUCUUAGCGGUGAUUGACGGUGAACGCAUUAAACAGGUUGAUCGCCUGGAAGAAGAGUUUAAAAAGAUAACCGCGAAAACAGUUCACGAAAUCCUAAAAUACCUUUCUUCGAGCACUUUUGAGACCAAUUUCAAGUCAUGGGAUGAAGAUGAAUGUCCCCAAGCGCAAAAAACCUGGGAAGAAACAGAGGAAAAAAUUUCUGAAGCGUUGAAGCAAAGGCUUACAGUGGAGAUUAGAAAGUGGGAAAAUCGGAAUCAUGUUAUUGAAAAUGCUCGGAAACUAUUGUUCAAUCACAUAACAAGGGAAAGAGAUAAUCUUCACGCGCGUAUACAAAAUGUGGAAGAUUACGUUGUUCAAGAUCCUGUUGAAGUCAGAUCUACAGAAGACGACGCAACGCUGACAACUGGAGAAAAAAUUUUGGUCGGAGUACUAUCUCCAAUUUUGGUACCUGUGGCACUGGUUGCUGGAAUUCUUAGCCUACCUGUUUUAGGUGUCAUUGCAAUAAAAAACGCCGUUCAAACGUCGGGAAAUCUUAAGGAGUAUAGUAACAAUAAACCGAAAUAUAUGAAAAACAAAGCUAUCGAUUUUCUUCGUCAUUCAAUCGUUCCAAUUCAGUUUCAUGCCUAUGUCUUACGGCAAUUUGAAGAAAUACGCAACAUCCUGGACGAGAUGAAGAAAAAAAUUCCAGCGAUGAUUGCCGCUGACAAAGAAUUCAUUAAUCUACUUAUUAAAGAGAGUGGGUCGAUAUUGCAAGAUGCCAAUAAAUACGCCCCUAUAUAUGAAGAAUGCUCUCAAAUAAUGGAUGAUUUAUCCAUUUUUGCCAUCAAUGGGGUUUUCCUUAGUGAUAUUGACGUUAAAAAACUAAAGUACACUAAGGAACCCUCACUUGGUCAUGGGUCGUUUGCAGAUGUUUUUAAAGGAAAGAUGACAACACAGGAAGGAGAAUCGUUGGAUGUUGCUGUUAAAGUCUGUAAAGAAGCGCUUACAACAAAGAAUGCUUCCAUGCUGUUAGCAGAAGAACAAAUGCUGAGAAAACUUGACCACAAGAAUGUAAUAAAGUUUUAUGGAAGAACUUUGCAGCCUGGUCCGAGUGGUUCGAAAUUUGUCUUCGUGAUGGAAUUAUGUGGAGAAAGUUUAAGAAAAUUUUUUCUUGACCAUCCAGAUUGUAUUCCAGCGAACGCAACAGCAAAGAAUGUAGUUCAAAAAAUUAAAUCUGUGUUACAAAGAGCAAAGGAUAUUGCGGCGGGGCUUGAAUAUCUGCAUGGCCUUGGUAUUGUUCAUCGGGACUUAAAGCCAGAAAACAUCCUGUUUGGGAAAGACAAUUGCAUGAAAAUAGCUGAUGUUGGUAUUUCGAAGGAUGUAACAGAAGUUACAGGAACGAUGGCUGGAACACCCGUGUACAUGGCCCCAGAAAUAUUUUCUGGCAAAAUUUGUGAUGCCAGUGCUGAUAUUUACAGUUUCGGGCUGAUCUUGUGGGAGAUGUGGUAUGGUGGUGAGGUAGUUUACAGUGAGCUUCACAAUCUGUCAUUCAAGAGAUUUCGCGAGUUGAUUGCAAUUGGCUACAGACCAAAAUGCAACGCCGUAGGGGGUAUUGCAGAAAAGUAUGGGUCACUUAUAAAGGAGUGUUGGUCAACCGUUCCAAAAGAGCGUUUAGCUGCUCCCGAGUGUGUAGCUAAAUUGGACAUCAUAGCUCGACAUGCAUCGUAGAUGAAUAAAUCCAGUUUAUAUUCCUAAGUAUGAAUUUUACAUAAUUUUACAUUAACGAUAAUCAUAUAUUAAUCGAACAUUAUUUGAAGGCAAAAAAUAUUUUGUCGGGUGUUUUUUAUAUAUUAUUAAUUUUUACGUUCCAUUCAUUUUAUCACGACCAAUGUCGUACACGGGGUUUGUGAGAAAAGGAGCCAAUUUUAGGUCCUUCUGCUACAUGAAAGAAGAAAAUUAUUUCUGAAUCAUAAUUCUUAAGAUAGGUUUAAACACCAUGCAGGCUGGCUACGCUACUGCAUGGCUUUAUGCUUGGGGCGAAUAUUAUAAUUAAUGCGUUUUCAUACAAUUAAGGUACGUGAUUAUUUGAAAAAAAUCCGUUGCAGAAGAUUAGUAGGCCUACAUUCUUUUAAAAACGUCAACAAAUAUCUGACAACUUCACGACGAUUUUAAAGAAACGAAGUUUUAUGCAAAAUAUAGCUAAGCAACGUCCCGUACAUUGUACUUGUUUAAUCCAAAAGGAUGUAAUUGUUUCAUGGCUAUUUCAUUGGUCACUGUGACAAAAGAACUUCGUCCCAUUAGGUGACUAUCGUGCUAUGAUAAUUUGAUAUCGCUCGACCUUUGUUUUUGUGUCGUUUUUGUUUUCCACUGACACGCCAGUAUUAUCGGUAUCGAACCCACUAUCUAAUGUUCCAUGCUAAAAAAUGUUUUAAUUGAUUAUUUUACAACCAAUGCAAUCGCACUAACCUGAAAUAUCUGUAAAGUAUUUCUUUUCUAAAAAAACUCCUUUUCCUGCACCCAGUGUAGACAUUAUAAUUAUCUAUAUUAUAAGGGAAGUCUGAGUAUUUUCAUUAAAGACCAAAUAACGAUAACGAGUAAUGUAAGGUAUCAUUCUAUGUGCGUUUUGACUUCAUUUUUAAUCACCACCAGAAAUUAUCGUAUUACCAGCGAAUGCGUUAUAUUUACGAUGUAUAAUGUUUUAUAAUUGGAAAAAAUUGAUAUAAAUAAACCAAAACUCGUUUUUUUAGAAAUUGAGAAACGAAAACCUUUACUGGCAACAUGUAUAAGACAUGUUGAUGACACACUGUUUUGGCCAAAUUUUUCGGACAUUAAAAACCAAGGCUAAUUUAUGGAUUUAUCUAGUUUCGUGAUCGCAAAGAAUUGGUUUAUAUCGCUUGUUAAAAAACUUUGUGGUUAAAAACUACCGACAGUUUAUAAUUUUGCAAGAGACUAAAGCCCCAUUCACAUGCAUGCACGGUAACGGAUUGCCAUUGGAACAUGUGAGGUUUUGAAGUUUAAUAAUAAUGUACAAAUCCUGAAUAAAUAUAUGAAUGAAAUCACUCAAAUUAAUAAUCAUUUGCUCGUCAUGAUUGCUUCAUAACGGCAGACGAAGAUCAUGCCGAAGAUCAAGCAAGUCUGGCAACACAACCUAAAAGCAGUAAAAUAAAUUUCAUGCAGGAUAGGUUUACAAGUUUCACUAGCGUAAUAAAAUUAAUAUUUGUAGCAUAUCGCGGAGGAACUAAACAUCUGCCAACUUUAAAAUAUUGUGACUAAUGUAGCAAAAUUCUAUAUUUGUUUUAUGGUUGUUUGGCCCAGGUGUAUAAUUUCAACAAUGUAAUAGAGCAUAUAUAGAAUAUAACAAAAAUUAACCGUAUACUAUUCCUACUGAAGAACUGUCGCAUCAAUUGCUAUAUAAACGCUGGUCAGAUGGACUGUUUAAAGAAACACACUUUAAUUGAUGACACUAAAAUCGAAUAAUGCUUACAUUCUAUGGAGUUAUCGUUGUUUAGUGCUGUAUCUAAAUAAUUCAUACAGUACAAUUUGCAUAUAGCUAAUUGAUUAUCUUUAAGUAAUGUAAUGUAGCAUAAUUUAGCACUACAUAUUUUCUUUUCUGUAACUAUGUUUAUUCCUAUUUGCACUGAUGGUAUAUACAUUUAUAGGGAGUUCUUGCAGGGUAAUUGUUUCAUUCAGUUGUUAA